AUGGACAGAGAAGAGGAGAAGAAGAGGUUCCUGGAAGGGAAUGAAAUGGAGUUGGGAGAGAAGCAAGGGCAAUCCUAUACCAAGCCACAAUCACCUCGACCUGUCAUAAGCAGAAAAGAAAGUCCUGUCGCGCCGGUCUUGUCCUAUUGCGCCUCUUCGAUUAUGAUGACCGUUGCGAACAAGUACAUUCUCUCCUUUCCAGAUUUCAAUCUCAAUUUCUUCCUAUUGGCAAUCCAGGCGAUUGUCUGCGUUGCCGCAAUUUCAGCAUGUAAAUCAGCUGGUGUAAUCACCUACCGAGAUUUCAAGACAGACGAAGCGAAAAAAUGGUUUCCUAUCUCGCUCGCCCUGAUCGCCAUGAUCUACACCAGCACGUGGGCCCUCCGCUAUCUUUCGAUCCCUGUGUACACUAUUUUCAAGAACUUAACGAUUAUUCUGAUCGCAUACGGAGAAGUGCUAUGGUUCGGUGGAGCAGUUUCAUCCAUGGCACUCUUCUCCUUCGGCCUGAUGGUGUUCAGCUCCCUGAUAGCUGCUUGGGCUGACAUCAAGCACGCCCUAGAAAGCCACGGCACAGCUACAGGAGCAGCAGCGGAACAACUAGCAACAUUGAACAGCGGCUAUGUCUGGAUGAUGUUGAACUGCCUCUCGACCGCGUCCUAUGUCUUGUACAUGCGCAAGCGAAUAAAGCUCACUAACUUCAAGGACUUUGAUACCAUGUUCUACAACAACGUCCUGACCAUCCCCGUCCUCCUCGUUGCUUCCCUCCUCGCCGAAGACUGGUCUGCCGCCAACCUCGCAAAAGCAUUUCCCGUCCAAUCACGAAAUAGCAUCUUCGCCGCCAUGAUCUUCACCGGCGCAGCCUCCAUCUUCAUCUCCUACACAUCGGCGUGGUGCGUGCGGGCCACCUCCAGCACGACCUACUCCAUGGUAGGAGCUCUCAACAAACUCCCCAUCGCAGUGUCCGGCCUCGUCUUCUUCGACGCCCCUGUCACCAUCCCCUCAGUCUCAGCCAUCGGAGUCGGCUUCGUCAGCGGCCUAGUAUACGCAGUCGCAAAGGCCAACGAGAAAAAGCAGCCGAACAAAGGUGGUGUUUUACCGACCAGCGCUCCAAUGAGCGCAAGCAGCCAGAGUAACAGGGACGGUCUCAGGUCGUAG